AUGGGAGUUUGCUUCUCCGCCACAUCUAUGGCGGGCACAACCGUAAACAUUAAAAUGACUGUGUCUGAGGGACCACAACUUCCAACUCCAGGUUAUGUAUUCAUGCAGCAAGGUUCAACUUGUGAUGUCUCCACUCCCAUUCCCCAAGAGUCUACUAUCAAUUCAAUUUGGGAUCCAGCUAACUGUGUUAGCAGUAGUGACCAAUUUACAAAAUAUUCUGCUGUUAGCUUCCAACAGAGUAAGCCUGCAGCCAAUUUAAAUACUAAUUUAAAUGGAUGUGUGAAUCAGUUUUUCUUCCAAGCAAAGUGUUCAACUCAUUUCAAUUUCUAUCAUGCCUACACAUUGUUGGAUAGCUCUGUACCGCCAAGUGCAUUCCAGCUCUCAGCACCAGACAUCUCAUUCACUAACUUCAAUAUAGUUAGAGGUUCCAUUACAACCACUGGUGUAUGGUAUGGAAUCGGUAUGAAUUUAAUCGUUUACUAUAACGAUACCAAAACCAACCAAUGGAUUAAUACAAACUAUUUAACCACCGGAGUUACCCAAUUUAUGGCUACCAUUCCAAGUUACACUUACCAGACAACCACACAAUUUAAAGUAGUAGUUGCUGGUAUUGAUUUAAACAAUAUUCUAACCAUUCCAUCUGCUAUUUCCAAUUCCAUUACAAUGCCAAGUCCUCGUAUCACUCUCUCUCCCUCAAUUUUAUUUAUAGCUGUGCAAUUUGGAACUGUGAAUGUUGUUAGUUUUGGUGUGACUACUGCUACAAUUAGUUACACUGCUUCAGGCGGUCUCUAUGGCUAUUCAACAAUAUUCACAAUUUCAGUGACUGGUGCAAGUGAUUCGAUCCCUUCAUCUUGCGAGAUUGACACCAGUUGUACAACAAUCAGUUCAACCUGUACGACAUCUACAGGAUCGUGCACAAUCACAGGCUUAACACCAGGUUCCUCUCCAGUUUUCACAGUCAGUGCCCUAAACUUUAACAAUCAGUCUCCAGGAGCUCCAGUAACCAUAAACUUGUAUAAACAGGCUACCUUCACAAGUUUCACUGCAGUUCGAUCUAGCACUGCACCCGACCUCAUCCUUAAAUAUGACAUUGUCAACGGUGUGCCAGGAAGUGUUCAGGUUCAAGUUUUAAUAAAUGGAACAGCAUAUAACAAUUGUCCAUCGGCAGGACCAAGUUGCACAAUCUCUAGUCUGUCAGCACCAAAACUAUACGAUGUAUCUGGUGUUGUAACUUCAGGUGGUGCCAGCUCAACUAAGAAUCAAAUGUUUAUGCUCUAUGAUGAUAUACAAGCAAUUAAUAUUGGAUUAACUCAGAUGACAACUAAACAAAUUACCAUAAGCUAUAAUGCAACUGGUGGUGAUCCAGCAGCGACUACAUGUACUAUUUAUUUGAAUGAUGUCAAUGUCUAUAAUGGAAUUUGCCAAAAAACAAAGACAUUCUUCUCCCUAUCUCCUGGAGUACAAUAUAUUAUUAAGGUAACCGGAAGCUAUAUGGGAAAAUCUAGUAGCAACAGCAUAACUUUGACUACCUACCAAACUAUUACUCCACCACAAAUUACAUUAAAUAGCAGUACCUCCUCGAUCAGUUUAACAUACCAAUCUACUGAUGGAGAGGUUGGAUCAUCACUCUACACUGUACUCUUGAACAACACACAGGUCCAGGGUUGUAUCCAAACCACCAACUUACAAUGUACAAUCUCCAAUCUUGAAGAUGGAACAUGGUAUCAGGUUCAAGUGGUUGUGGUGAAUGAUGGAACAACCAAGUCAACAUCUCAAACCAUUCAGACAUACCCGAAAAUCAAUAGUUUACAAGUUGUCGUUGAACCCAAACUCCCACAAAUCAGACUUAACUAUUCAGUUGAGGGUGGAUUCCCAGGUGCCGGCUACGACUUUUAUCUAUUCUUGAACGAUGAAAACUACACUUCUCAAUGUCUGGGAAAUAUCGAUAGAAGCAAGGCCGAUGGUAGCUGUCUGGUAAGCAUGUUGACUCCAAAUACUGAGUAUACUGUCGUUAUCCAAGCAAAGAACGAUGGAACACUGAUUGAAAGUUUACCCAACACCUUCAUAACAUACUAUACUGUUUCAUCACCGAAUAUCACUAUUACACAGACCACCGCGGACAAAACUCUUACAGUCGACUACCCAACUGAAAACGGUGUACCAGGAGAAUCCGUGUAUUACCUCUACGUAAAUGGAACAGCCAUUCCAUCAUGCUCCAAUAGCAAGACUCCACAGUGCAUUCUCAUUGGAAAUUCCAUUCCACUUGAUGUAAACCUUGUUUUCUUUGUCCAGGUCAAAAAUGCCCUCGAUACUGAAGACUCUGGAAAUAUAACUGCUCACCCAUAUGAUUGUAACAAUGUAACAAUCAACGUAUUAAAGAGCAAUUUCACUGAAAUCAAUAUCUCUUGGGAUAACUCUACUGGAGGAAUUGAAGGUUCUACUUUAUAUACAGCUUCUAUUUCAACCGAUGGUAAUGAUUGGUCGUCUAAGUGUGUACAUACCGCAAUCACAAAUUGUUUAUUUGAUGGACUACAAUCAAACACCCAAUAUUAUUUCAAGGUUGAUAUAGUCAACUCUGCAUUCCCAGACUCUAUCUCUGCAUUCACAACAGCAAAUACACUGGAUCCAAAUCCACCAUCUACUGGUUCCACAACAACAACUACUGGUUCCACAACGACUACAAUUUCCACAACAACAACUACUACUGGUUCCGCAACGACUACAACUUCAACAUCACCAAGCACUACCUCAACUACUGAUUCAGGAGAUACAACGGCAACAACUGGUCUUAAUUCUUCAAGCCGUGUACAAUCUAAUUUAUUAUUUAUUUUAUUAUCUUUAAUUAUUUUAUACACUAUUUAA